AUGCCCCCGACUCACGAUCAAUCAAUCUCUGUCAUCCCUUUCGUGUUGCUACAUGGAAUGUGCAAACACUUCGACGCACAGGACACGCCACUCUCCUGUCUCGUGAGCUGGCUCGUUACAACAUCUCCAUCGCAGGACUCUGCGAAUCUCUGGCGCGAUAGUGGAGAGAAGAAAGAGGGAGACCACAGUUACAUCUGGAGCGGCCCAAAUGACAAGAAAGGAUUAUAUGGCAUCGCCCUUGCAAUGCCAUGCCAUGUGAGGAAAUCCCUUAUCGGAUGGACCCCAGUCAGCGAACGUCUGCUAACCGCUCGCUUCCACCACCAACAUGGCAAGCUAACAAUCAUUGUUGCCUAUGCACCAACAGAGGUCGCAGACGACGAGACAAAGAAUGCAUUCUUUGAUCAGCUACAUCAGGUCAUCCUGCAGGUUCCCCCACAUGACAUCACUAUUGUCCUCGCAGACUUCAAUGCCACCGUCUCCUCUGCCUCACGGGACCAGCAAACCAAAAACAUAAUUGGUCCAGAAUCUCCAGAUCCCAUCACCAACAACGGCGACUGCCUCCAGCAUUUAUGCAGUGCCGGUGGCCUAUCCAUCGUAGACACGUGGUUCCCCAGGAAAAACAUACACAAAUGGACAUGGUACAGCAAUGAUGGCAAAACCCGCAAGGCCUUAGAUCACAUCAUUAUCUCCAGCCGAUGGAAAUCCAGUGUUACCAACUGUCGUGUGUACCGUGGUGCCCAGCUAGGCAACACGAACCAUCGAUUACUGGUUGCCCAGCUGAGACUGAAAUUAAAGGCUGUUCCUUCAUCAAGGGCACCACCAAGAGUGAGAUCUUCCCAUCUCCAGGAUCCAACCAUCACCUCAGCAUUUACCAGCUCCAUCUCCAACCGGUAUAAUACCCUGGCCAGAGAAGAACUCACCAACUGGAAUCUGUUUGUGUCUACUAUAAACCAGGCAGCUGCUGACUCCAUCCAACGCCCCCACCAUACACCUAGGCGUCCCUGGAUAUCACCAACAACCCUAGAAAUCAUAGAGCUCUGCAGAGCCGCCUGUCUCAGAGGCGACAUGAUUGAAUACCGUCGCCUUAAUCGCAUACGCAACACCGCAAUACAAGAAGACCGGGAGAGAUUCUGGCAAGGAGAAGCAGAACGCCUGGAGUCCGCCGCAGAAAACAGUAACUACACCCAAGUGUAUCGAACCCUGAGGUGAGUGAAAUCAGGCCCCCAACAUAAGGUGGUCUAGGUAAAGGACGCUCAGGGCAACAUACUAAACUCAGAGGAUGAAUGCAUCAACUGCUGGAAGGAGCACUUCAGCAAUCUUCUGCAUCACCCUGCACCCCAGACCGACCCCACUCUCACUGCCGCCUCCGAAAAUGCUAGUGCGAAUGAUAACUGCAGCAUAGACCCUGUCACCAGAGAAGAGGUCAUGCAAGCUCUGUCCAAACUAAAAAAUGACAGAGCCCCUGGUAUCUGUAAUAUCACAGCGGAAAUGCUGAAAUGGGGAGGUGACAACACCAUUGACUGGCUCACCGAAAUUAUCAACCGCAUCUGGGUAUCUGAGCACCCCCUGGAAGAUUGGACCAGGGGCGUCAUCCUUCCCUUCUGGAAACACAAGGGUGAUAAAAUGGUUUGCAGCAACCACAGAGGCAUUACACUCCUGUCUAUCCCAGGCAAGAUCUUCACCCGCAUACUGCUCACCAGGGCCCUCCCGGCCAUUAGAAGCAAAAGACGCCCCCAAAAGGCGGGCUUCAUGCCAAACCGCUCCACCACAGACCAGGGGCCUUAUGUAUCAAUACUUGCGUGGAACUCAUACCAGAAACGAGCGCACGCAAGGUCCGUCACGCUGAAAAAAAUCCGUAUGUAUCAAUGUGUGCGGGCGCCGAAAUCCACGUGUGUUUCCUUGAUAAAUCCCAAUCAGCAUGGAAUUGAGCGCAGAUGUCGGAGUGACUGGGCCCGUCCCCGUAACGCCCUCCUAUAAAUAUGCAGAUUUAUUUAAAUAGGGUCUCCCUGUCCUCGCACGCAGUCAAAAUGACAAGAAAAACUAAAUUUACGGCGUACGAGUUGGAGGUGCUGGUGGCAGAGGUGGAGGAGCGACAGUGUGUUUUGUUUGGCAGCCUGUCCAGUGGCGUCAGUGCAAAACAAAAACGCUUGGAGUGGGAGAAAGUUUGCGAGAGGGUGAAUGCGGUGGGUUCCGAGACACGCACCCCCGUGGAGAUUUAAAAAAAGUGGUCGGACCUCAAGGUGGAGGUCAAGCGGCGUACAGCUGCCCUCCGGAGGAGUACUGGCCAGACAAGAGGGGUUCCGGGGGAGGAGACCCUCACACAGUUUGAGCAGCGGGUGGUGGCGAUUAUUAUUACAGGGUAAGUGGCGUGUCACACAAAUGUCCACAUGCUUUGUCAUCCCACUGAGCAAAAGACGUAUAUUAGACAUCUAGUCUAAGUUUAUACUUCAUUUCAACGGCGGGAUUCAGUCUAUUUUUAGACGUGAUUUAUACUUCGCCCUUGACUUCAUUUUUCGAUAACUUUUUAUGCAAUGAACAACUGUAAUGUGCAUAACUGACCUCUAAAUACGGGAUUACAUUACCUAUAAUACCGUGGAGAGAGAUGUAAACGCAACAGAUACACAGAAGCAGGAAUUGAAAUGAACAAAUAUUUUUAUUGUGUCACAGAAAUCAAUGUGUCGGCCGUGUCGCCGGCUUGCGGAACCCCGGCCCUCGGCAGCCCGUCCGCCGGCUCGGAGUCGUCGGCCAGGACCAGCGGCAUUCGGGCCACCCCGGCCCCCGGCCCCAGCAUCAGCACCAGCGCGCCGACAAGCGGUGGAGCGUCCACCAACCGCGGCGCUUCCGCUGGACCACCCGGACGCAGUGGAAGGGUCCUCGCGGAGGGGGUCCUGCAAUCGCAGGAAGAAAUCAUCAGGGGGAUCGCGGGGAUCAACGAGCGGCUGGACCGGCUCGUAAAUGUCCUUGAGUGUCUGGUGGAGAAAAUAAAUUAAUUUGGCUCAUUGAACUGUGUAUUCUCUUCUUACCCAUUCACACUGUGGCGAUGAGAUUCUCCCGCGCGAGGACGGCGGCCCGGCAGGGAUCAGCUCGCAUCCCUCCGUCUGCUGCUGGUUUGUCGACGUGCUGCUUGGCCACGGGGAUGUGGUGCACGCUUGUCACAUUGUGAGUCACCAAACACUGCCACACAGCGUCGCCAAAGUGCGAAUCACAGUCAACGCAAGUAUCAGCUCAACGCCAAUUUCUACACCACCUCCUGACUUUGCGUUGAUUAGCGCUGGAACCGACGCUCGUUUCGCGAUGAUAAAUCUGGAAGUGUGCGCUGAUUUUGGCGUACGCAAGGUUUUCUUGCGCCGCAAGCGUUGAUACAUAAGGCCCCAGAUCUCUGCCCUCCGCCUCAUCAUUGAGAAGGUACAUGAGUUCCGGCAAAACAGACACCUCUACAUUGCUUUCCUUGACCUUAAGGCAGCUUUCGACACCGUGGACCACACCUCCCUGUGGAAGAUCCUCACCAUCCUUGGAGCUCCAAGCAAGAUCACCACCUUGUUCCAAAAGCUCUACAGCGAUGCCGAAAGCUGUGUGCGUGUCAACGGCACAAACUCGACCUGGCUUUCCAUCAACAGCGGAGUGAGGCAGGGAUGCGUAGCGGCCCCAGACCUUUUUAACUGCAUCAUUGACCACCUGAUGGAGCGGAUAUGUGCACGCAUUCCUGGGGUUAAACUCGGCAGUUACACCCUCACAGAUCUGGAAUACGCAGAUGACACCACACUAUUCUGCUCCACUCUUGACCAGUUAAAAGAAGCCUUGGAAAUCUACCAAGAGGAAUCCAACAAACUGGGCCUGAGGGUCAGCUGGCCCAAAACAAAAUUGAUGCACAUUGGAGGUGACACCCCCCCUCCUCUGCAUAUCAGUGGAGAGGAGGUUGAGUUUGUGACCUCCUUUAUCUACCUUGGGUCCAUCAUCACCAACAACGGCAACAUCAUAACCGAAAUAAACCGGAGACGCGCCCUGGCAGCCAGCGCCAUGAAAACACUCUGGAAACCGCUGUGGAGACACCACUCCAUAUCAAGAGCAACCAAACUAAGGAUCUACAACACCUCAGUCCUCUCCAUCCUCCUUUACGGAGCUGAAACAUGGCCACUCAACAAGACCCUGGCUGCCAGAAUAGAUGGCUUUGACACCAGAGCACUGCGCUCAAUAGAGGGUAUUAAAUGGCCAGAUAGGGUCUCCAACAUCACACUGAGGGAACUGACACAACAGCCCCCUGCCUCCCAACUGGCAGCACAGCGUCGAUUGCGCUGGUACGGCCAUAUCAGGAGACUCCCCCCAGAACAUCCCACUCACGCUAUCCUCCACUUCCAACCCAAAGCUGCCGGCUGGAAACGCCUCCGUGGUGCCCCCCGCACACGAUGGAUUGAUGUCGUCACCGGGGACCUACACCAACUGGGCCUGUUGCUUGCCGUAGCCGAACCCCUAGCACUGGACCGACCCCAAUGGAGAAGAUUGGUGAAACUGAUUGGCUCUACGCAUGGCGCCGUCCCCGUCGCCGAGCAAGAGACCUGA